AUGUCGUGUAUCGAUAAAGAUUAUGCAAAACUAAAAGAAAUUAGUGAAUGUUUCACUGAAGAAACAUUACAAAAUAUAUUAUACACUGUAUAUAAUGGAAAAGAAAUAAAUAUAUUAAGUUGGAAAUUGGCUGAAGCAAGUGCUAAAGGUGAUAACUAUUUGUCAGAUGUUAAUAAGAUUAAAAUCACUGGUACUAUUGAUGAAAAAGAAGUAGAAGUUAAUUUGGUAGUCAAAUCUUUACCAAAAAAUAUAGGUAGAAGAAAUACAUAUCGGAGUCCAGAAUUUUUCCACAACGAGAAUGCAUUUUAUACAAAGAUAAUUCCAGAGUUUCAGAAGUUUUUAACAGAAAAAUGUCAGACUCAAGUAUUAUGCAUUCCACGUUAUUUUGGUUCUAUUAUAGAUGGUGAAAAUGAUUAUAUAGCAUUGCAAGAUGUUACUGUUUUAGGAUAUAAACCAAUAGCCAGACAAAAUUGUUUAACUGAAGAUCAAUGUAUUAUGAUUUUGAAAGCUAUAGCAAAAUUUCAUGCAAUAUCUUUUGCAUUUAAAAAUCAAAAGAAAGAGAAAUUUAUGGAAAUUGUAACAUAUUUGAAUGAAACAUAUUUCAGUAUUAAACAUUGGCAGUGGUAUAAAAGAUUUUUUGAAACAAUAGUAGAUAUUGCUAAAAAUGCUUUAGCCAUAGAAUACCCUGAUAGCAAAGCAGAAAAAAAAUUUAAUUCUUAUAAAGUUGAAGAACUAUUUCAAAAAGCAGUUAAAUUGUGUGAUCGUAAAUAUGAAUCUACAUCAGUUAUUAUUCAAGGUGAUUCAUGGGUCCCAAAUUAUUUAGUUCAACAAACUAAAAAUGAAGCCUUGAUGCUCGAUUUUCAAUUAGCAAGAUGUGCGAGUCCAAUUUUAGAUAUCUCAACUUGUAUUUAUGCUUGCACUGACAAAGCUCUUUGGAAUGAAAAAUUUGACACAUUGUUAGAAUCUUAUUACGCUGAACUUUGCAAUACCAUUAGUUUGCUUGGUUCGGAUCCUAAAAAGUUAUACCCAUGGGAUACAUUUAUGAAUGAGGUAAAAGAACAAUUUGUAUUUGGUAUGAUAUUUGCAAUGGAAAUAAUCCCAGUGAGUCUACUAGAUGAAUCUGAUACAUUGGAUUUAGAUAAUAUAAGUGAUGAGAAUGGAGUAGACAUAGCUGAUGUAUGGAUAUUGUCACACAUUAAGUCACAAAGUGGAAGACUCAGACUAGCAAAUAUUAUUGUUCAUGCCGUCCAGAAAGGAUUUUUAUAA